UACUACUGAGAGGGAAGGAGUAAUGUUAAAGAUGAGGGCUGUCAUCACACUGCUGGUGCUGCUGCUCUCCAUGUGUGUAUCUCAGACUCGGAGCACCCAGACUGAAGUUCACACAGAGAGCCAGAGCACUGGGGCUGCUGCUGCUGCUGCUGAUGUCUCUACCCAGCUGGACGUCUCUGCUGAGCUCAGGGAACUCAGAGAUAUGGUAGUGGAGCUGAGGGUGACUCUGAGAUUCACUCAGGAUGAUCUACGAAACACCAAAGAUCUGCUGAACAAAAUAGAGUCUGAAAAUUAUGCCCAAGACAGAGAGCUGACAGCUGUGAAGACUGAAAUGAUGAACCUGAUCAAGUACAAUUUAGAACAAGACUCAGAGUUGAUAGCUGUGAAGACUGAAAUGGUGAACCUGAUCAAGGACAAUUUAGCACAAGAAGCAGAACUGACAGCUGUGAAGACCAGACUGGCUGCAAGUGAAACUGAAGUGGUGAAUCUGAGGGAGGAAGCUGCAGCACAGACAGCUGAUCUGAGGUCAGUUACUGAGAGACUGGGAGCCACUGAGACUGACAUGGACCACGUGAAGAAAGACACUGCAGCACAACACACAGACCUGACCACUAUGAACACUGAAGUGAUGAACCUGAAGAUGGAACUGUCUGCCAGUGAGACUGAGGUGGAGAAACUCAAGAUGGAACAUGCAGAACAAGAUUCAGAGCUGACAGCAGUGAAGACCAGACUGGCAGCCACUGAGACUGAAGUAGUGAAUCUGGAGAAACAGAUUAGAGAGAAACCCAAGGUGGCAUUCUCAGCAGGUCUGACUAACUCAGGAUUCAUAGAGGCUGGGAGUACUGAGCUGAACUUAGUCUUCACUAAAACCAUCACCAAUGUUGGACAGGCCUACAGCAACACAACAGGCUUCUUCACAGCUCCAGUGAGGGGAGUCUACUACUUCAGAUUCACAGUCAUGGAUGGACUAAACUCACGCUAUAUGCAUAUCAAGAUGUUUAAGAAUGCAAAGCAGGUCAUGUGGUUGGAUAACUAUGAUACCGAUGGAUAUGCCUAUCUCUCCAGUGGUGUGACUCUGCAGCUGGAGGUGGGAGAUGUAAUUAACACGCGAAUCCCUGAAGGCUCCAGGCUCUAUGAUACUUCUGAUAACUACAGCACAUUCAGUGGCUUCCUGCUCUUUGUUCUUUGAAGGGAACACACUGCUCAACUGCUCAUGUUGUCAAAUGAUAAAUAAUAUGCUUCAUGAUCAUGGUCAAAUAAAGCACUUUUAAAAUGUAAUCCUUCGGUGCCAUCAUUGGAAAUAUUGAGCAAUGCUUUAUCAACACAGAUUCAUAUUGAUGGAGUUUACUUCCUGUUUUUAAUCAAGAGGGUGGAGCCAGGAACAUAUGCAGCCAAUGAGAAGAGAGAAAGUGUGUGUG